AUGUUGGGAGCUAUCCGCUCUUUGUCUGGUCCGUUACCCUUGACGGCCUUCAAAUUGCUGUAUGUCUCCCACGCUCGCCCCCGAUUGGAAUAUGGUGAUCUGGCGGUCUUUCCUUGUACGGUUUCUGAAGGUUGCCCAACUGGAAAGAGUUCAAAGGGCUGCUACACGCCUCGUCGAAGGACUACGUGGGAUCAACUACGAGGAACGACUGAUUGCAACGGGACGGUUCCCCAUGUCAUACAGACGACUGAGAGGCGACCUGAUUUACACCAGACGCAUCAUCCGGGGCGACUUUGGCCCAGAGUUGCAGUUAGAAUUCCCCAUGAGGAACAACAACCGCAUCAGAAGGCAAGCAAUGACGUUUCACAAGAUGCGGUCGAACGGUUUGCCGCUGAUCAAUCGUCUGUCGAGGAGGCAUUGAACAUCGGUGACCGGGAAGAAUCGUAUCCGGAUCCAGCUACUGCAGAUUAUCUGGGUCAAAGGAACGCUUGGCAGCUGAAGCAUCGCGAGAACACGGAGCUCGGGGUGCAAGAACCUGGAUACAUAUUGGCUCGAGCCACAAGUCCUGUGACCUGA